AUGGCCACUACCGCUAGCGGUGUCCGUCUUGGACUCGCAGUCUCCCCCACCGACGCUUCCCCCAUCUCUGCUCUCUCUCGACCCACUCCUCCUACCCGCAUACGCUCAAAACGCAUGUCCAACCCUCAGACCUCCUCCGCUUCCACUUCCACGACGACAACUCCAACCCCCCGCUCGCGCAUGCAGAACGAGAUUGACCACCAACUCCGCAAGGAACGCGGGCACACCUCAUCGACAAGCUCGGGGCGCCAGUCGCUCGAGCGUUACACUGGCAUCGUGGAGGACCGCACAGAGGACGAGCUCCAUCGCGCAAGCCGACAAGCCCUGCAGGACGCGCUUCGCCGGGAAUGGACAGACCGCGAAAAGUUGCUGGCACGCCUGGAAGAGCUCGACACUGUGAGCACGACCCACCAAGACCGCAACCAAGAGCUGGUCAAGGCCAACGAAGCGCUGUUGGCCAAAUACGAUACGGCGUUCAACGAGCAGUCGGCCUUGGAAGCAGAGCUCGAGGCAGCAAACGACCGUGUCGACCGUCUCCGCAACCAAAUUGCCGACGCAGAGCGCCUGACACGCCAAGGUCACCGCCGCUAUGCCGACCAGGAAAAAGCCUUUGAGGCCGAGCGCCUUGUUCACCAUGCCGAGCUUCAACAUCUCCACCAGCGCAUCAAGUCGUUGUCGACCGAGCGCGUGGCGCGAACGGGCAAUGGAGAGCCCCACGCAGCGCUGCAAGAGGAGCUCAUGACACUCACCGUGUCCCACCAGACGCUCGUGGCGCAACUCACCACUCUGGCUGACGAGCUGCACGAGGUCAAGGCCGACAACGGCCGUCUCCAGGAGGAGAAUGACAGCUGGCAGCUUCUCAUCGAGGAGCGGACCCUUGCAGGUACCAUGCGCGGCGGCCUGCUCGGACUCCCUGACGAGGCCUCCACGCCGUACCUCUCGUCGAUUCGACGCAAGGAGCCCAAUGCUCUCGAGACUCUCGAAGAGCAGAUGGAGAUGGACGAGCUCCACGCCGAUCUCGACAUGCAGCAGCCCAUCUUUGACGAGAGCGACCGCGUUCUGAGCCAGCAGCUGAACCGUGGCCAGUUUGCGGACAGGUCUUCCCCACCGCCCAUGAACGGGUCGCUGGCCAUGGAGCUCAGUGCCGUUCCACAGAGCGUCGAGGUGGAGUCUCUCCGCAAUGAAAUGAAGAGCCUCAAGGAGGCCAACAGGGCCUUGUCGCUGUACUGCUCCAAGAUCCUUGACCGCAUUAUCGCUCAGGAAGGUUACGAACACGUCUUGUCCGUCGACUAUCGCACCCGCCGCGGCACUAGUCGCCAGGUAUCUGGCAGCAAGCGCCGCCCCAGUGUUGAGGAACUCGCACAGUCCAUGGAGGAGCAUGGCCCACCCCCAAUGCCUAUUCUUCGCCCUCGCCCUGUGAACAUUCCUGCGCCAGUUGACCUGCCUGUCAACCCGCCUCCAAAGGAGACCAAGGCCAAGGCCAAGGCCCGCCCUCAGAGUAUGAUCGUCCAGUCGACACCUGUCCCAGUCGCUACUCCAGACGCCGAUGACAAGGUUCUCGAAUUGGCUCCCCCUAAAAAGGAAGCUGAGAAGAAGUCUCGUCGUACCUUCUCUAUCGACUUUCGCUCUCUUGGCUUUGGAGCACCUGAGAAGGUCGAGUCCAAGCCACAGCUCAAGCCUCUGCAGCUCGCGUCGCGUGCUGUUUCCGCGUCGUCUGUCCCUGUCGUCCCCGCUGCCGCUGCCGCCACCAACAGCAACGCUGGAACCAGCCCGCCCAAGACCACGUCGACACCGUCGCCCGUUCUCAGUGUGGCCCGCAAGCUGGAGCCUCAGGAGGAGGAUGACGAGGAUCGCCGCGAGCGUCACCGCAUGGAGGCUACCCUCAAGCUUAUGGGCAUUGCAUCCAUCCCUACCCCUGAUGGUACGCAGCACACCGAGUCUCCAUGGGACAAGGUUUCCCCUCUUCCGGCUGUCGACCCCGUUCCGGCCGCCGCAUCGACCACGACCCCGACCACCUCGACGGGUGCUGUCGGAUGGCUCACACGCCGUCUGUCGCGUGCCACAGCACCCACCGUCCCCGUGCCCACCCCCGUCACCACUGCUGUCCCACCCGAGACAGCCGGGGCGACGCCCCUGGCCCGUCUGUCCAUGACGCUCGGUGGCACUGACCCUAUCCUCCAGGGCCUCGUUGACCUGAGCGACCAACCGUCCGAGGACCCCGAGGCGACCGCCGCCGCUCUGCGCGCAUACGAUGCCCGCGAGCGCGAGCAGGCCCGCCUCAUCGCAGAGGGAAAGAGUAUGGCCAUGUACACGUCCCCGCCCAAGAUCAGUACCCGUCGCGCCGGACGUCGCUCGUCGUCCCAGUCCUUUUCGUCUGGCACGGGCAGCAGUGCCCCGAGCACGGCGUACAGUGCGGGCCCGCACGGUGAGGUGAUCGCCCCAGCCCCAUCAGAGCACCACAAGGCGCGCGCGAGCAUCAGCACCCUCUGGAGCAUUGGCUCGUCCCGCGCAAGCGUCGACCUCGACCACAACUAG